CGGCUGCGUGAACCACCCCAUCGCUACUCGCAAAGUGCAUACAAGUUCGGAUAGUGACGUGAGUGAAAAUUAUGUGUGAAAAGUGUUGGUGCUGAGUAAAAUUUACAGAACUGUUACAAUGAAUAUCGUACUGCAAACGAUACGGAUACUAGUCAUUAUACAAGUCAUCAGAUACGCCCGCUGUCAAGAUGGAUAUAGCGAACAAGAUUUACUUCGUCUCCAAGCCAUGGCUUCCAAUGAUGGACAUAUCGAUACUAUUCCCAAUUAUAAUACUAAUGUCAUGCAAAGAGAUCCAAAUAGCCAAUCUAUCAGUUCGCUGAAUGGACAGUACAAUAUGGGGGAUCAAGAAAUGAAUGAAGAAUAUAAUAGAGCUGAUCGUGCCCGAAGUAGAAAAGUGUAUCAUAUAAAAAAUCCAUUCCAGAAUCAAGAUAGUGAGAUGCACGAAGUUAAUACUGAAAUGCAAGACAGCGGCACUGCAGCUAGUAACCAGUAUGCAGCCAUGCAGUAUUCGUUACCGCCUGAAGAAUUUCUUCAACAGAUGAGGGAAAAUCAGUACUAUCAGCAACAGCAGCAAUCUACUCCAGUUCCAAAUUCGGGGUACACUGCAACACCGCAGCCAUCUUAUCAGUAUUCAACGAUUUCUCCUAAUUAUGAUAACAGUAAUCAAGUAUCCAAUCAAAUUCAGCAACUUGAACCCAAAACAUCUCAUAAUCAACCUUAUUAUCAAAAUACAAAUACCUAUCAGUACGGCGGUAAUUCAUAUUUAGAUAGUGUCCAAAGUUCACCAUCUCCUGUUCAUUCUCAAUUAUCAACAUCGGUCCCAAAUAAUCAGUUUGUGGGUACACAGUCUAGUACAUACAUUUCCAGUUCAUCGCCAAUGUAUCUUUCUAGCCCUCCCAAUUUCCAACAUUAUAUUUCUUCUCCAAUGACAGAUAUUCAAAGUGGAUCACCUGAUUACAGUAACAGAGUUUCAACUGUCGCCAGUAAUUCUUAUAAUUAUGAUAACUCCGGAAUCAAAUAUCCUAUUAAUAUACAUCAGCAAUAUCAAAGUGAACAAUCAUAUUCUACUUCGAAUCCUUCUUCAUCGUCUUACUCUAAUUUAAAUCCCGAUUCUUGGCAAAGUUCAAAUACGGCCUCAAAUACUUUGUCAAAGUCUUUACAAGAUAUGUCAUUGACACAAUACCAGAAUUAUCCUUAUAACAACAACCAACAAGAGACAAGAACAAAUUCUGAAAGAACUGAAAAUAUUAAUAGUGAAACGCAUCGUAAUGGUAAUAUGGCAGAAGCCAAUACAAUGUUUUUGAACGUUGUACCGCCAGAAUAUCAAUUAAAUAAUUUAAGAGCUCGUCCUAGGGAUACAGAACAAGAAACAGGCCAAACUUCAAUUUAUUCUCAUGGAGAUUAUGGCUGGAAGCUUUCUAACAAAAAAUCGCCUGAUAGCUAUACACCUGGAAAUUAUGGAAGGUAUCAAUUUCCCUUGCAACCUUCACCAGGUUCAGCUAUAAGUCAAUUCAGUUUCCACAUGGAUACAGGUAAACCUAACACCUAUGAGACAUCCAAGUCUGCGUCUGAAAAUUUAGAUGCACAGGAAUUUGCAAAAGCAGCUGCAAAAGCUCAUGAAAGACAACAACAGCAGCAACAAUUGUACGGCAAUAAUUUACAAAAUAAUUAUAAUAACAAUAAUAUAUUAGGUACUGUUACACCUGGGCCUCUAUAUAAUGAUAAACAAAAUAAUAAAUAUGGGGAGAAUCCAAAUCUAUACGCGUAUAAUAAUUUUCAAACUGAUUUAAUUACUGCUUCGCCUUAUUACUAUGCAAAUUCAAAGGAAAAUAAUAUAGAUGCUAAAACAAAGCAACCAUUUGAUCAUGACAAAGCUUUAAAAAAUAUUGUAUCUAUUGAUGUAUCAAACGUAGUUUCAAAUUCAGAUUCUCAAUCAAAAGCAAUGGCCGUAGCAAAUAAUAAUAACAAUAACAGACAGAAUUUAAUGAAUUACGGAAAAGAUAAUCAGUUGGAGCAAAAUUUAAAACAAUACUACAGAUCUGUCACUGAUGCAUAUUACAAAGAUAAAAACUUAAUUUACGGUUUCAAUAUUAAAACUAAACCAGAAGAUCUUAUAACAAAUGAGAAUAAACAACUAGAUCUUAAUGCGUUUUAUGCUAAACAGCAACAAUUGCAAGAACCCACAUAUAAUCAGGGAAGUGUAUCAGAUAAUAAACGUUAUUUAGAAGCAUCUUCACUUAAUUCACCAAAUAAUAAUUUUCAACAAAACCUUCAAUCUUCUGCAAAUAUCCAACAACAAACUUUACAGCGUCCUUUAAAUAAUCAAAUUACAUCUGAUGUUUCAAAUAUUUUUAAAUUGAAUGAUAUUCCCUAUAGAUUCGCUUCAGGUUUAACUGAAGGUGAUACAUUACGACUUCAUAAUAAUAAUUUCGAACAAUCUGUUAUACCUACAUCUUUGCCAAUGAGAAUAAAUCAAAACGUUGGAAGUCAUCAAUUAGAUGUAGCAACAAGUAUACUUAAUAAAUUAAUUCUAAACAAACAACCUACUGUCAAGCUUAACGGACCUGAACUUGAUUCGCAAGCCGGUGGUUUAUUAUCUACAAUUAAUGGCUUUAAAGUGGCUAACCCAUUCAAUGUCGACUUAAAAUUAGUGGCAGAAAUGUUAAAAGGAAAACCAGCUAUAGAUGAUACCCAAAUGUUAUCUUUAAGAGAUCAGUUUAGUAAAACUGUACCACUUAAACUGGAUAUAUCCCAAUUACAACAACUGCUUUUAAAAAAUGAUAACAAUCCAAAUUAUGCUGCAUUAAAUGAUGGUCUUGGUGCAUUUGCUAGCCCAUAUUUAGAUAUUUAUAAUUCUGGGCGAUUUCCUUAUCAAGGUGUGAAAUAUUCUCGUAGUCAAGAAGAAGAAGAAAGUAUUAUUCCAAUUGCAGACUCCUCAAAUACUCAUCCAAUUGGUGCUGUUAUAGAACAAAUAGAUGACAUAUCAAGUGACAGCGAAGCAAGUACGUUAUCAGAUAUAACUGCUCAAGACAAUCAGAUGAAUAAUUUUGAAGAUAAGCCAAAAAAAGAAUUUAAUUCAGGCCACAGAAUAGGACAUAGGCAUCCAAAUGCACUUGUUACGGGGCGUCAUUCGUAUCAGAGAAAAUAUCCUAAAUCAGAUAUUAACGAACCAUAUCCUUUAUUAAAGCCCCCUCCUCAGACUAGAAAUAGACGUGGGCGCGGUAAAUAUGACAAAUAUUCACGUAGGCGACGUGUGAACAAGCCAUUAAAUCCACGGUUUAUGAAAUCUGAACCAUUAUUCGAGGCUGGAGCUGAUAUCGAGGAUAAAGAUACUCAGGUAUCAACUGUGUUAAGACCACCUACUCCAAUCGCAGAGGCAAAAGCCGAUGUUGUAAAUAAUGAAGAUGAAGAUGUAUAAUAUUAUUUGAUAAAUUAAUCUAUGCUUUACCUGGGCCUCUAGACAAGUGGCAAGCGAAUUCAUCGAUGGAAUCGACAUCGCUAGCGAAUCCGUGAGAUAGAAUGAGAUAGCAAUGCCGGGUGACUCAUUCCAACUCACGGACUCGCUAGCGAUGUCGAUUCCGUCGACGAAUUCGCUUGCCACUUGUCUAGAGGCCCUGGUAUAUAUCUUUUUUUAUUACAUUUAAUAUAACUUAAUUGUUGUUAUAAAACAACAAUUUUAUCAUCUAAAUACUUGGGAUAGCUGUUUCAAAUACAUAUAUUAUUGUAAGUGUAUAUGUAAUACCAUAAGAAUAAAUAAAUUGGGGUGGAAUAAAUAUUUCUAUAGCGAACUGAAGUAGAUGGAGACAUAUUGCGAGGACCUCAAGAGAGAGAGUUAUUUCUAUCUAGUCUUUAUUCUUAUGAUGUUACAUAAAAAUAUGGCAUUUACCUAUAAAAAAUUUCAAGGAAAUAAAAUUGCAGUCACUGCAAAAUAUACAGUUAACUAAUAGGUUGUGUUUUUGAAAAUUUUCUGUGCGUUUUAUAUAAGUUAAUAUAGUGUUGUAAAUAAUAAUUAUAGUUUUAAGGUACCUGAAUACUUAUUUUAUGUUAUUUACAAAUCUUAAAUGUACGAUUAAGGUGUAAAUAUUUAAUUGUUGGUUGUUUAUUACAUUGUUAUUUUGUGAUAAGUGUCAUUAUUUGAUAUCGGGAUCGAUUCUGAGUCAUGUCUCUAAAUCUGUUUCUACAAAAAAUCUAUUUUUGAAUAUCACAACGUAAUCUUUACUGUGAAGACAAAUAUGAAUUGUAUUUUUUAAUAGAUUUAAUUUAAAAUUAUUAUAAAUCUAGUUAUAUAUGACAGUAAAUAAAACAGUAAUUUUGCGAAAUUAUAAGAAAGACACCUCAGAGUCGGGCCCAUUUUUGUUGUUGAGUGUACCUAUUCUCAGUAACAGUACUUAUCUACCAACCUUACUUUUAGUAAACAAUUUAUUAUUGUUAAUACAUUGUUAUAGUUGCAA